AUGGAGUCAAGGUACUGGGGACUAACACGCGCAGACGUGCGGUCAUUGUGUUAUCAAAUUGCCACAAAAAACAACAUACCCAAUAAGUUCUCCGUUAUUAAAGAGUGCACUGGCAAGGAUUGGCUAAAAGGCUUCUGUAACCGACACCGAAAUGUUCUGAGUUUUCGAAAGCCAACUGGAACAAGCGUCGACCGUGGUUUUUCUCGAGAAAAUGUUGAUAUAUUUUUCAAAUUGCUGGAAGAAGAAAACGCAAAACAUAAUUUUCCGCCUUCUCGUAUCUGGAACGUUGACGAAACCGAAAUAUCAGUAGUUCCUUCGCAACAGGCACAAAUAAUCGCUCGGAAAGGAAAAAAACAGAUUGGAACAAUGACUUCAGCUGAGCGAGGAUCGCUUGUUACAGUCAUCACUUGCAUGAGCGCAGGAGGUGGUUUCGUACCACCAUUUUUCAUCUUUCCACGAAAAAACCAUAACCCUCUUCUAAUGAAAGACGCUCCUCCUGGUUCAAACUCGGCGUGCCAUUUGUCUGGAUGGGUUCAGAUUCCCAUCUUCACGAAAUGGUUCAGGCAUUUUUUAAGCGUAACGAAACCAUCUCCGUCUGAACCUCUGCUUCUUAUAUUAGAUGGGCAUUAUAGCCACACACGCAAUAUAGAAGUUAUUGAUCUAGCUCGCGAACACAAUGUGACUAUAAUUUCUUUGCCACCCCAUUCAACACACAAACUUCAACCGUUGGAUAAGGCUUUUAUGGGACCUUUUAAGAAGUACUAUAAUGACGAAAUAAGACGAUUUAUGCGUGAACAGGGCAGAAAAGUUACACAUUUUGAUAUCGCAGGACUAUUUACUAAGGCUUAUUUGAGGGUUCAAACUGGACAAAUGGCAAUAAAUGGUUUUAAAGCCACGGGGAUUUAUCCGUUUGACAAACAUAUUUUCACAGAUGCAGAUUUUAUAGCUGGGAACUCAUCAUCAUCAGAGGAUCCAGUUGAAACUAUAAAUUCAACGACAGAAGAAACCCCAAGCGCAUCAGCCAUGGAAAUUGAGCCUGAAAUUCGUAAGUUUCGAAAUAAAAUCUAUGGAAAUUUUAGGAACGCUAUUUAA